AUGCGGGUCUUCCUGAUACUAUGCGUACUUGUACUGCGUCAAACAUGUAGUUUAGCCGUCCCGCAAGGGCCAGAAGGGGAAGUCAUUCUUGACCUCUCUUCUCCGGAUUCCUCAUCCAUAGAUACCUUUACAAGAAAGCCUUAUGGGUUGCUUCAGACGAUACAUGUAGCCAGGGAUUGCUCUAGGAUAACGUCGGUGGUGGAUGGCGGGACAUUUCUCUGGAAGAAUAAGAAGGAUGGAAACCAUUGCACUCACGUAACAGUUUUAACACAUGAAACUACUCAUGCUAACAUUUACUUGAAGAAUGUAGAAGGCAUCAGGAGCUGCUUCUACCUCGAGAAGAGUGGUGAAGAAUGGAAACAGAUUACCGGGAAGGAGUUCUAUGACCGACUCCACUCCGUGGUCAAGAGGAAUGCAGACUUUGAUCGCGUAACUUUGAACAUUAGUAAGACCCCGGAUCCGAAAAUCUUCUACGUCAACAAGGCGCCAGAGUUCCCCUUUACAGUCUACGCCGCCAAUAGUAAAUGCAGGAUAACAAAGAUAAAGGAUGGCUGGACUACCACAAUUUGGGAGGACAAGACCAAGGAUAAAGGUUGCAUGUAUGUCUCAUUCUAUCCUAAAAAGGACCCAAAGUGGGCCUACCUACUAUUUCUCAACUCGGAUGGCUUCAAGGAGGAGUUCCUGGGUAAGACCAAGAAUGCAUGUCGCGCUACUUGGAAUGCCAUUACAAGAGAGGAAUACCUGGAAGGAAUAAGGAAGGCUGGUUUUAACGAGUCUACCUUCAAAAACCACAUCAAAUUGGACCUCUCAAAACCGAGUGACUCAUUCCACAAGCAUUCAUACAUUACUGGUGGCUGUUCAGAGCGGCUGUUUACUCCACUUCCAGGUCUUCUUCUCACCAGCGUUACAGAUGGCAUGGAUGCAGUAUGGACAGCAAAGGACGGAGAGUACUGCACUUAUGCCAAUGUAUUUCAUUAUGAUGGAAAAGCCAUUACCAUGUAUCUUCUCACAAAGGGUCCAAAGGGUGACCGUAGAAUUUUGUACUUUGCCAAGAGCGGUAAGGAAUGGAAGAGUAUAGACAAAGAAGGCUACUUUUCCGCAACUUCCGGUAAUGACCCCCUGGCUCCGCCCAAAGAGGUUGCCCAUGAAUUGACCAUGAGUAGUUUUAAGAAUAGGCAAGGUCUCAGACUCAUCAGUUAUGCCUCCAAGGUUGAGAAUGCCAAAGCAGACAUCAUUUUAUCUCACGGAAUGCGUGGACAUUUUAUAGACUUUAAUGUGCUGAAUCCAGAAUGGAAUUCCAGGCAUUUCGACUUUCCAACCUAUUCCUAUGCCUCUCCAUUUGGGGGCUAUAAACCUUCACCAGAGCCGAAUCCGAUGGAUAUCUAUAGACACAUCUUCGAGAAUCCAGCGAUACAUGGAGACAGCAUCAAGGCUUCGCCAAGAUACGGCUAUAGAGGCGGUUUUGCGGAGGCUCUAAACAGGCUCGGUUACAAUGUCUACUCCUUUGACAUGCAAUCCUACGGUCUGUCCGAAGCUGCUAGCGAUUUAAGAUGCUAUGUGAACAAUUUUAAAGACUAUGUCUAUGAUUUAAUGCAGUUUGUCAGUAUCGUCAAGAGAGGUAAAUUUGGAGAUCCUAAUGAAAAGUGGGAUGAGAAGAUCGUAUACAAGAACAUUCCUACGGAUAAGAAAACAUUUCUGCUCGGAUUUUCCAUGGGAGGAAACAUUGCCGUCCAAGCUGUGCAGGAGUUUUACAAGCAUGCAAAGGAGGGAACAAGAUUGGUGGAUGGCCUUGUUGGUCUCUCGGCCAUGUUAAGCCUGGAGAAUUAUAUGACCACUAUAAUGCAAAAGAUAAAGUUUCAGGGUCUAAAGUUUCUUGCAUGGAAAAAGCCACACUCUGAGAAUACGUACGAUAAGCUUGACAGGCAUGGAGAAUCGUUCAAUAAUUUCAUGCGGUGCCACGACCCGUUCUUCCUUGCCCGUCGAGUGACAUUCAAGGCCACCAGACUUCUCUUUAGCGCUACAGAAGAUGCCAACAAGGACAAGAAGAAUAUGGUUCACUAUCCCAAAAAUCUGCCAACGCUGUUUUUACACACGAGGGAUGAUGCGAGAUGUAGCGUAAACGGUCCACGAAAAAUGGUGAACGAGAAACUAAAGGAGAGUAAAGUUGCAAAGUUUGUAGAGCUGGAAGGUGCCUGUCACUAUUUAACCUUCUAUCAGUCGAUUGCUGCCGUGAUUCCACAUCUAAAGAAGUGGUUGGAUCAGUACGCUUAA